AUGAGGGGGCCAGCAGCAACCAAUCUCCACAGGGCUAAAAAAUAUAUUUACAUGGAGACAAUAAAUCAGACCCUGGUGUCAUAUUUCAUUAUUAAGGGGAUUUCGGAUGUUCCUGAGUUCCAAGUGCCAGUUUUCCUUUUGGUUCUUCUGAUCUAUCUCACAGUCCUUGGUGGUAACAUGGCUAUUCUUCAUCUGGUGUGCCAAGAUAAUCAGCUGCACACACCUAUGUAUUUCUUUCUGGGAAACUUGUCUCUUAUUGAUAUAUCUUACACCAGCAUCACUCUACCUAAGGUUCUUUUCAUGUUCAUAUCAGGAGACAACACAAUUUCAUUCUUUGUCUGCUUUACUCAGUUCUAUGUAUUUUCAUCAUCUACCUCUUAUGAGUUGUUGUUACUCACAGCAAUGGGUUAUGAUCGGUAUGUGGCCAUAUGUAAGCCAUUGCAUUAUCACACAAUCAUGAACCGUAGAGCAUGUGUUCUUCUGACAUCUGUCUGCUGGUGUCUUGGAUUUUUAGAACCAAUGCCCUUUGUCAUUUUAUUGGCAGGAAUUUCGUGUUAUACAUCUCAUAUAAUCAACCACUUCUUCUGUGACUUGGUUCCACUUCUACAAAUCUCCUGCACCGAUACUUCUCUUUUGGAGACUUUGGUUUUCACAGAAGGAAUGUUUCUUACCCUCCUCACUCCUUUUAUUCUAACAUGUAUUUCUUAUGCAUUCAUCAUGGUUACCAUCCUAAAGAUCCGUUCCAACACUGGAAGACGUAAGGCUUUUUACACCUGCGCGUCACACCUCACCGUUGUCGUUCUUCUGUACGCGACUCUCAUUUGCCAAUAUAUGAGACCAGCUACUACUAAUAGUUUGGACUCCAAUAAACUUUUCUCUCUAUUUAACGCUAUUGCUCUUCCUCUAUUAAAUCCACUGAUUUAUAGCUUGAAAAAUAAAGAUGUGAAGUCUGCUCUAAAACGGAGACUGAGGUCUAUUUAA